AUGGCAAAGGACAAAAAAGCCAAAGGCGACAAAAAGGCCAAAUUGGCCGAAAAAAAGGCCAAGCAGGAGAAGAAGGCCGAGAAAAAGGCAAAGGCAAAAUCGGCCAAGGUCGACGACAGCGAUGCCGAGGACGUUGACCUGGACGCGGUCCUGGCCGAGUACCAGCGGCAGCAGGAGCAGUUCCACAAGGUGACAGAGACGGUGUCGAGUGAGGCGCCCCGACCUCGCGCCGCCUCGUGCUUCCUGGCCUCGCCGUCCAAUACCAACCAGCUCCUGCUGUUUGGCGGCGAGUACUACAACGGCGCGCUGGCCACCUUCUUCAACGACCUGCACGUCUACCACAUCGACCGCGACGAGUGGCGGACCGUGACCUCCCCCAACGCCCCUCUGCCUCGGUCCGGCCACGCGUGGUGUCGCGGCGGGAACCAGGCCAACUCGGUCUUUCUCUUUGGCGGGGAGUUCUCCAGCCCUAAACAGGGCACGUUUUACCACUACAAUGACUUUUGGCGACUGGACGCGCAGUCCAAGGAGUGGGAAAAGGUCGAGGCCAAGGGCAAGACCCCUCCCGCACGCAGCGGGCACCGCAUGACGUACUUUAAGCAGUACAUUAUCCUGUUUGGCGGGUUCCAGGACACGGCGAACCAGACGCGGUACCUGGCCGACCUGUGGCUGUACGACACGCAACACUUUGUCUGGUUCAACCCGACCCUCCCGCCUGCGCAGCUCAAGCCCGACGCCCGCUCCAGCUUCACCUUCUUGCCGCACGAGCAGGGCGCCGUGUUGUACGGCGGCUACUCCAGGGUCAAGGCGACAGUCGCGGCCAACAAGGGUGCCAAGCCCGGGUCGCAGGGCCAAAAGAACAUCCUCAAGCCCAUGGUGCAUCAGGACUGCUUCUUCUUGAGGAUCACGCCUCCGGGACCCGAGGCGGCGGCGGGCGCGGCGCCCACGGUCAGGUGGGAGAAGAGGAAGAAGCCGGCCAACACGCCGACGCCGACACGUGCCGGGACCACCAUGGCGUACCACCACCGCGGCAAGCGGGGGAUCCUGUUUGGCGGCGUGCACGACGUCGAGGAGAGCGAGGAGGGGAUGGAGAGCGAGUUCUUCAACGGGCUGUUUGCGUGGAACAUUGAGAGGAACAGGUUUUUCCCGCUGGCGCUGCGCAAGGUCAGACAGGGUGGUGGAAAGAAGGGUGGCGAGCAGCAGCAGCGGGUUGGUCGGCGAGGGCGUGCUCAGGCCAACGAGGAGGAGCUGCUCAAGCAGCUUGCCGCGCUGGAGACGGGCGCCUCGUUGGACAACCUUGAUGACAUUGAGCUUAAGCAGGAUGAAUCCAAGGAGGAGCCCAAGGAGCCUAUGCGGGAGAUGCCUGUGUCGAUGGAGUUCCCACACCCGAGGUUCAACGCGCAGCUCGCGAUUCAGGACGACGUGCUGUACAUCUACGGUGGCACAUUCGAGAAGGGUGACAGGGAGUUCACGUUUGAUGAUCUCUACGCAGUUGAUCUAGGAAAGAUGGACGGUUGCAAGGAGAUAUUCAGCCGGCAGACUGAGGAUUGGGUGCAAUCCGAGGAUGAAGACGACGACGACGAGGAUGAUGAUGACGAAGACGAAGAUGAAGAAGAUGAGGAGGAAGAGGAAGAGGAAGACAGCGACAAAAAGUCCAAGAAGUUUACGCCCAGCAAGCGCGGCAAGAAGCCAGCGGACCAGGAUUCUAACGCAGACACGGACUCGGCCCUUGGUUCAUCCAUCGGAACCGAAGAGGACGAGACAGAGGAUUUCACAGAGGCCCGGGUCGACGAUGGACUGCCACACCCUAGGCCCUUCGAGUCCCGUCGCGAGUUCUUCGUGCGCACCUCGGCCGAGUGGCAAGAGAUCCUGAUGACCAACCUGCGCUGGAAGAACAUCCAGCCCGAGACUCUGGCCGUCAAGGAGAUCAAGGCCAAGGCGUUUGAGCUGAGUGAGGAGAAAUGGUGGGACUGCCGAGAGGAAAUCACGGCGCUCGAGGACGAGCAGGAAGCUGCUGGCAUUGGCGAGGUCGUUUCGCUCGCUGAUCGUGGCGAGACUGGAGGUGCUGCCGGUGGGUUGAGGAGGAGGUAA